UCGCCGUGGUGGUGUCCGCCGUCGCCUGGGCCAUGGCUCACUACAUCCACGUCCCGCCCGGCUCGCCCGACGUGCCCAAGCUGGACGUGACGGUGCAGGACCACGAGGAGCAGCGGUGCCGAGACGGGGCCCUGAGUCUCCUGCAGCACCUGCGGCCGCACUGGGACCCCCAGGAGGUUACCCUGCAGCUCUUCACAGAUGGGAUCACAAAUAAGCUCAUCGCGUGCCAUGUGGGCGAGAGCAUGGAGGACGUGGUCCUGGUGAGGAUCUACGGCAACAAGACGGAGCUGCUGGUGGACCGCGACGAGGAGGUGAAGAGCUUCCGCGUGCUGCAGGCGCACGGCUGCGCCCCGCAGCUCUACUGCACCUUCAACAACGGGCUGUGCUACGAGUUCAUCCAGGGCGAGGCCCUGGACCCGCAGCACGUCUGCCAGCCUGCCAUCUUCAGGCUCAUAGCUCGUCAGCUUGCUAAAAUCCAUGCUAUACAUGCGCACAAUGGCUGGAUUCCCAGAUCUAACCUGUGGCUAAAGAUGGGAAAAUACUUUUCUCUCAUUCCCACAGGAUUCGCUGAUGAAGACAUUAACAAAAGGUUCCUGAGCGAGGUCCCGGGCCCCCGGGUGCUGCGGGAAGAGAUGAGGUGGAUGAAGGCGGCGCUGUCCAGCCUGGGCUCGCCUGUGGUGCUGUGCCACAACGACCUGCUGUGCAAGAACAUCAUCUACAACCAGAAGCACGGUGAUGUACAGUUCAUUGAUUAUGAGUAUUCCGGAUACAACUACCUGGCAUACGAUAUUGGAAAUCAUUUCAAUGAAUUUGCAGGUGUGAGCGAUGUAGACUACCGUCUCUACCCAGACAGGGCGCUGCAGUGGCAGUGGCUGCGCGCCUACCUUGAAGCCUACAAGGAGUGCAAGGGCCUCGGCCCCGGGGUCGCUGACAGGGAAGUAGAGACACUCUUCAUUCAAGUGAAUCAGUUUGCAUUGGCUUCUCAUUUCUUUUGGGGACUCUGGGCUUUGAUUCAAGCCAAAUACUCCACUAUUGAGUUUGAUUUCCUUGGGUAUGCCAUUGUCCGUUUCAAGCAGUACUUUAAGAUGAAGCCCGAGGUCACUGCGCUAAAAAUGCCCGAGUAAAGCUCGACGUCCCGACUCUCAAGUGGCCUAGGAAUGCUUGCAGAUGGUUUUCCUUGAGAAAUUCCAAAAAGUCAAUAUCUGUUCAAACUCUUUAAUUUGUUUAUCUUGCUUUACAAAUUAUGCCUCUAAAUAACCAAUCUAUUUUUAAAUUGAAUGAUGUCAAGAAAUACAUGUACUACUGUCGGUGUGGCGGAUUUGAAGUCCAAGUCCGCAGAAGGUGUAGAGACGUCAGCUUCAGCCUCUGAUCAUUGAGUCUGUUACGUGUGGAUUAUUUAUUGCAGAUUUGACAGGACUCCGACUGCUCUCGUCUGCCUCAUGUUUGUUGAGUGUGUGCAAGGAGAAUGUUGUAGAGAAUUAUUUUAGGUUUUGUUAAUAAGGUUAAUUUAGAAAAACAUUCUAGUUGUUCAGUGUUAAACCUGAUUCACUGUAAGUAAAAUGCAUCAUUUACUCUUGGAAUGUCAGUUACUGACUCCUGUGGGUAGCUUAUGAUAUUCCCAUAAAAUAUGCCGGGGAGGGAGAAAGGCAUCAUUCCCUGUCUGCUGCUGGUUCAGUUUUUGAAUUGGUUAUUGGAAAUAAUUUCUUUGUGGGGAAAUAAAAGUUAGGAUUGAAUUGUC